UACGCUCGCCUCAUUUGCUACGCGUCCGCCCAGCACGUGUGACUCCUGUUCCUCCGCGCAGUAAUCGGUUGCGCGCGCGGCGUCUCUCCAGCCUCUCCAUCAGCGCGUACGGCACGCACACGUCCAUCAGCUCCCGGACCCAUCACGCUAACGAGAAUCCAUUAAUAUCGGACCGAUCGCCAUGGCGGAGGAGUAUCUAUACGGAAUCACCCUCGAAGGGCCGAACUCUACUGAGGUAUGGGACCCGGAACACAAGAACGAUGACUUGGACGGCACGAACCAGCACAUGGGCGCCGACCAGAAGCUUAUCAUUAAAAUGGCGCUCUUGGGACCAGAAGCCAAACCUGGAGAGCUCAAUGUGCUGCAGGUUGAGGCAAUGGGAUUAAAGGGACCCAUCAAGACGCCAAUUGCUUUAUUGGAAAUGGGAAAAACGUCGCAAAUCAUUCUUGAUCUUAGUUUCCCUGACCCUCCUGUCACAUUCACAUUGGUUAAUGGCAGUGGGCCUGUUCAUAUAGUCGGACAUAACCUUCUUGGUGCGCACAUCGAAGAGUUUGACGAUAUAGAUGAUGAUAUGGAAGAAGAAAAUAUCGAUGAUGAGGAAGAUGAAAAGAAAUACCGGUUUCAGGCUCCGCAAAUGAAACGAAAGCUUUCCGCAGAGGACCCUGAUGAUGAAGAUGAUGAAGAUGACGAACCUAAGAAGAAAAACGCCAAAUUGACAACUGCAGCCAAAUACAAAAAUCAGGCUAACAAGAACAAGAAAAAAUAAACAUGAGCCUUAAAAUUAUGAAAAUACAAUAAACUUUUAAGUUAGGAUAUUAAACUUAAGUCCGUCAUUGUCAUCCGCAUUUGUGCGAACUAGUAUCAUUUCAUGAGGGCCUUGCCCUUUUCAACUCAUUUCAUUAUCAAAUAACAAAGGUUGCCUUCCACUUUUCUAGGAACACAACUGGGCCAUCGAGAUUUUUAUAUAAAAAAAGAUAAUUAUGGUGUGAUCUUUAAGUGAUCUAUCACAACUGGCUAAUUCGUGUAAAAAGGAUGAUUUUUAGGUUAUGUCAAAAAAGUAUUGCAUACUUAUUUAACAGAUAUAGAACAGUACUUUCAGUGCUGUGAUUAAUGCUUUUUUUUUUUUAAGUGGGAUUAUUAUAAUAACACGAGUAUCUAUUCACAAGUAAAUUAUUUGAAAUGUACAUUUGAGUACUUUUUUAAGAAAGUAAAUAUUAUUUUUCUAUAGCUGUAACUUCCCUACUUAUUCAGGGGGGAAGUAUCCUACAAUUACGUUGAAAUAUAUAGGGAAAAUUUUUAAACGCAGUAGGAUUAUAUAUAUAUAUAUAUAUAUAUAUAUAUAUAUAUAUAUAUCUUCAACACGAUCUUAUCAAUUUGAUUUUACCACAAUGACUGCAGUUUGAACCGUGUUAUAACGCGUUUCUCAAAACUAAUGUUUGAAUAAUUUUGGCCCAGUUCUUACUGCGAAAUUUGUGGAAAGCUAAUAAACAGAUAUACAAUCCUAGAUAGCACAAGCUUUUAAAAGACAUCUUUUGAAAGUUCGUGUUGUCUGGUGUUAUAAAUUUUCUUUCUGUCUCCUCCGAGAUCGUGUUCAUAUCGACGCACUUCCAGAAAUGCGAAAAUAUAUUAUUCUAACGUAGCCGUAUAAACACGAUUUGAAAAUAGUCUCCUGUAAGAAAUUGCGUGUAAGGCUCCUUUGUAACUAAUUAUUUUCGUGUGUACAAGAUGGGGAAAGGAUUAAUAAUCAUUCGGAUGGAUUCUCUACUUCAGAAUCUCACUUAUGCCUGUAAAAAUAUCAGCAUGACGAAGAAGAAAACAUACACGUAUGUCAUCUCAACAUUCAUUCCAUUUGAUGAAAAGUAAUAGAAAUGGGGGUUACAGGUGUACCGGGUAAAGAAAUGUUCUUACAUCAGCGUCAUACGCGACUGAAGCAUAUGCGAUGCGUGCAGCAAGAUACGCGUACGGAUCGAGUAGUCUGUACACCUAGUAGUCUGUACACCUAUUUUGUACAUAUACGAUACAAUAAAAAAUUUCACAACUUUUAAUCCGUA